AUGAAGCUAUACUUGACAAAGGUGCAAGACAUGCAGAGCUCUUUCAAAAAGUUUUACAUUGUGAAAAUCCCAAGGGAAGAAAACGAGAAAACCAACCAUCUUGCUCGGAUUGCAUCAACCGAGGAGAAUAAGAAGCUUGGUGACCGAAAAGGAGAUUGGGCAGAAGAUAUCCUGGAAGUCCUAUGGGCAUAUCGGACUAUGAGGAUAACUCUAACCGAAGAAACCCCCUAUGCACUGGCCUUUGGGUCUGAGGCAGUCAUACCUGCGGAAGUAGGCUCAGGCAGCUUCCGAGUAGAGAUUUUCCGACUUGAGAGUAAUGACAAAGGCCUAUUUCUACAUCUGGAUUUGCUGCAGGAGAAGCGAGAUCAAGCUCAAGUAUCUAUGUCAGCAUAUCAAGAAAGAGUAGCUCGGUAUUUCAACAAGAAGGUUAGGCACCGAAGCUUCCAAGUUGGAGAUUUGGUAUUACGAAAGGUUACCAUAGCCACUAAGGACCCAACCGAGGGCAAGUUCGCUCCCAGUUGGGAAGGACCCUACAGGGUAAUUGACAACCGAAGAAUGGGAGCUUAUUACCUUGAAGAUUCCGAGGGAAAGAUACUUCCCCGACCAUGGAACGCAGAGCAUCUCAGAAAGUACUUUGUUUAA